AAGUGUGCACCGGAUAUUGGAAAACCCAUUCUUCUUGCUGAUGCUGUUGGGAUAAUAGAUUAUUAUCUGGACAUCGCCGCAUCUGCACAGAAAGACACAUCCGGACUAACGCAAGGCCUGGCUUAAGAAUCAAAGGGAAUGUGCUAGUUUAGAAGGAUUCAAACAUUUUUGGACUGUAGCAGUUUAGAGAGGAGGGGGUCCCUGGUAUCGAUCAAUGAAUGGAUUCAAUCUGAGCAUUCUGACUUGGGAUAUUUGAGUCUCUGCUCUUAAAUAAAUCAAUCUAUGGCAAAUGUAGCCUUCCUCUGCGGGUCUGGAUGAGAUCUUUCUCCUGCUUUGCUUUUAUCCAGCUGCAUAAGCUCCACAGGACCAGUAAGCUUUAAACUACUCUUUGAUAGGACACAUUAUUGUGGAUAUUACCUCCCAGUCACACCUCACACCUCCUCUGCUUUCUGGUUCUUUCUACCGUCCCUCUGAUGAUGCUGCUUUAGUGCAAAAGACACAAACCGAUCUUGGAGAUACUUCAUUCCGGGUCUUGUAGGAUGGAAACUGGGCCGGUUCUCACUUCUGACCGCAUGACAAACAAGUGCAUGGGAGUAGCCUGCAGGGCCCGGCUUUAGAUCACGACUAGUCCUCCGUACCUCUCCCUAGCUCCUCACCGCCCUGUGAUGUGUGUUACGGCAUUAUUACGCACGGAGCAGGAGAGACCACUAUCUUGAUCUCCCUUUUUUAUCAGGACUAGAACUGCAUCUCGGGGAAGGAUGAGCAGCAAGGAUCUGACAGUGGCCCAGUCCAGCCAGUACGUGGGGCCUUACCGGCUGGAGAAGACUCUAGGGAAGGGCCAGACAGGUCUGGUGAAGCUGGGUGUCCACUGUAUAACCGGACAGAAGGUGGCCAUAAAGAUUGUCAACAGAGAGAAACUCUCCGAAUCAGUUCUCAUGAAGGUGGAGAGAGAAAUAGCUAUUCUUAAAUUAAUAGAGCACCCUCACGUUCUGAAGCUGCAUGAUGUCUAUGAGAAUAACAAAUACUUGUACCUGGUGUUGGAGCAUGUGUCUGGCGGUGAGUUAUUUGAUUACCUGGUGAAGAAGGGCAGGCUGACCCCCAAAGAGGCCAGAAAGUUCUUUCGACAAAUCAUCUCUGCCCUUGACUUCUGCCACAGUCACUCAAUAUGUCACAGAGACCUGAAGCCUGAGAAUCUUCUCCUGGAUGAGAAGAAUAACAUCAGGAUAGCAGACUUUGGAAUGGCCUCACUACAAGUCGGUGACAGCCUGCUGGAAACCAGUUGUGGAUCUCCACAUUAUGCCUGUCCAGAGGUCAUAAGGGGGGAGAAGUAUGAUGGUCGCCGGGCAGAUGUCUGGAGCUGUGGAGUGAUCCUCUUCGCUCUUCUUGUGGGUGCCUUGCCCUUUGACCAUGAUAACCUGCGGCAGCUUCUAGAGAAAGUGAAGAGUGGGGUGUUCCACAUGCCCCACUUCAUACCUCCUGACUGCCAGUCUCUGCUAAAAGGGAUGAUUGAAGUCAACGCUGACAAGAGACUCACGCUAGAAGCAAUACAAAAACACGCCUGGUAUCAGAGCGGUCGUAAUGAGCCUUGUCCAGAGCAGCCGCCCCCUCGUCGUGUUUGUGUGAAGAGGAUCGUGUCCUUAACAGAGCUGGACCCUGAUGUCCUUGAAAGCAUGUACUCCUUAGGGUGCUUUAGAGAUCGGGUCAAACUCAUACAGGACCUUACAAGUGAGGAGGAGAACCAGGAGAAGAUGAUCUACUACCUCCUGUUGGACAGGAAGGAGCGAUACCCUAGCUAUGAGGAUGAGGAUCUACCACCUAGGAAUGAUUUAGACCCACCCAGGAAGCGCGUGGACUCCCCCAUGCUCUCACGUCAUGGCCGUUGUCGUCCAGAGAGGAAGAGCCUGGAGGUCCUCAGUGUCACAGAUCAGGGGUCUCCCACCCCACCUCGCAGGGCCCUGGACACUAGUGCGCACAGCCAGAGGUCUCGUUCAGUCAGUGGAGCGUCCACAGGCCUGUCCUCCAGUCCACUCAGCAGUCCCAGGAGCCCGGUCUUCACUUUCAGCCAAUCAGAAGUCACCCCCACCUCCACUUCCACCUCCAAAGACCCCAAAGCAGGAAAUACCACCACUUCUCGGCCCACCCGCCAGAUGCCUGACCCAAAAACCCAAACCCUGCCCUCAAAGGGCCCCACUGAGCGACCACAGCUUCACUCCAUGAAGUCCCUCCCUCUGCAGACACCACGCUCCCCCUCACCAUCCCCGUCCCCCCUCGUCUCUCCAUUUCCACGCAUCUACUUCCCCUCUCCAUCUGUCUUCAAGUCUAAGAACGUCCACUCACCCUCUAACUCCUCUGCCACUCCUCCUCCUGUGUCGCAGGUCACGCCGCAGGGCUCACCGCUGCCCACACCACUGGGCACGCCUGUGCACCAAAUCCAACACCCCUCCUCCACUACCCCUCCCUCCUCUUCUUCCUCGUCUUCUUCUUCCAGAGCGGAUGGAGCUGGCGCCUCGCUGUCGCUGACACCACCCUCCAGCCCGGGUGGCAGUGGCGGUCUGGCCGCCUCAAGCUCCGCCCACUGGAGAACAAGGCUAAACUCGUUCAAAAACAACCUACUGGGCUCGCCGUUCCAUCGGCGUAAACUGCAAGUCCCAACAUCAGAGGACAUGUCCAGUUUGACUCCAGAGUCCAGUCCUGAACUGGCUAAGAGGUCCUGGUUCGGUAACUUCAUCAGCCUGGAGAAAGAAGAGCAGAUCUUUGUCUUGAUUCGAGACAAGCCGCUCAGCUCUAUCAAAGCCGAUAUCGUCCAUGCCUUCCUCUCUAUCCCAUCCCUCAGCCACAGUGUGGUGUCUCAGAACAGUUUCCGGGCAGAGUACAAGUCCUCCGGUGGCCCCUCUGUCUUCCAGAAGCCUGUCAAGUUCCAAGUGGACAUUGGUUUCUCUGAGGGGGAGAGAGAGCGAGAGAGGGAACGAGCAGAGAGGGAAGGAAGAAGAGAGAUGGGGAUCUACAGCGUCACCUUUACGCUAAUAGCAGGUCCCAGUCGCAGGUUUAAGAGGGUAGUGGAAACCAUACAAGCUCAGCUUCUGAGUACUCAUGAUCAGCCUUCUGUGCAGGCACUGGCUGAUGAGAAGAACGGUCAGCUUACCCGUCAACCCAGCACUCCUUCUCGUCAGAACUCCCGGCGUUCUGAAAGCGGAUCAGAGCGGGAGCGGGAGCGGGGAGAGAAGGAGCGUGCAGCAGAUGGGGUAAGCGGAAGUGGGAGCAGUAGUGGGACGGUCCUGCAAAGGCGAGGAUCAGGGAAGGACAAAACCAGACUCCUCUCGUCAUCCAACGGGACACAGUCUCAUCCCUGAAAAGAAUGUUUCGGAAGAAAGGCGAGGGUCUUCUUCCUUGCCUUUUUCUCUUCCUUCCCUCAAUCCUUCCCACAUUCUUUCCUAACCUUUUCCUUACUUCCUGUCUUGCUUCCUUCUGUUAUUCCAAAGCAAUGGGAGAGGAGCAGUUCUUCUUCAAAGGGAUAUGAUGGAGGAUGGCUCCCUCCAAUGGCUAAGUUGAAAAUGUAUACUUGUAGGAGGCAGGUUGAUCUCUGGUCAGCCUUCAAGGGCAGGUUCACCCUGGAGAAACACAUCCAAGGAUGGGGCAUCCAAGAAGUCCCAUCUUACCAGAGACAUACAGGAAAAGCUUACGCUCUGAUGAAUCUAAAAAGCACAUGACUGUUCAACCAUUAAUCACAUGCAAGUCAAGGUUCAAAUCCCAAAGGAAACCUCCCAUCAGCCACUCGAAACAACACUGGACAGCAUUCUCAUUUAUCUUUUUUUUUUGGGACAGCUUACGGUCGCCUGGAUUAUCAAGCCUCCUCAACAAUAUCUGAUCAAAACCUGAUGAGCCUGUCUCCUCUCUUCCCCUCACUCUGUUUAAGGACAAAACUUUAUUCACAACUAUGGAAGGUUAAUUCUGAACAGAAAUUACAGUUAAUGAAGACUUGAUUGUUGGCAUGGAUUUUUUCCCUUAAGAAUAAGCAAAGCUUAAAAAUUAUUUCAUCAUCAGUGAGUCUGAAAGCAGAGGAAAACAUGACAGAAGAUGGAUCUGACAGGGUCUACAUUAUGUGGCCCUACAGCUAUGUGAAUAUCAAAACCGGACAGACAGGAUGCAAUAUUUCCUUGAGUGUAUGAGCAGCGUAGAGUCCCACAAUUAUUCCAGUAGUUCCACAGAUAAAGCUAUGAUACCGUAAUGCCUUUAAUGGAGGAGAAAAAGUGGACAGAGAGCUAGAUUUAGCCCCAUUUUAAGGACACUAGUCACACUACCAGUAGAAUGUCUCACAUGUAAAAAUACCCACUGAAAGAGAUGGAUAUGAAUAGUAAAAUAGAGUUUAGCUAGUGAGGGGUAUUUAGUAGAAAUGGAAGGACAGUAAAAUUAGUGGCUGAAAAUGUAGCCUAACUCACAAAUAAUGUUUACAGUCAAUUCUGUCAAAAAUAGGAUUUUUUUAUACUAUAUGUAGAACGAAUAUAUAGUUCUAAGUAGUUUUUCUUCUCUUCAUUCUGACUGUGAAGCAAUACUUUCUAAGUGAAGUGAACGAUAGGAAACAAAAUCAACAAAAUGAUCCAACAAAAUGAUAAUUAGCCAAAGCUGUUGUUAAGCUACAGCAGUUUUAGCCUAGCUAAAGUAGCCUAUGUGAAGCCCCAGCCCUGAACAGCUGUUGUCAAGACCAUAUCAGCUAUAACUAGCACAGCUGGCCCGUCCACAGUCAUUGAAACACGAAUGCACAUGAAUGCAGACAUCUAGUAAGGACCUCUCAAAUCAAGUUUUUUGUUUAAAAAUCUUCUGUUAGCUAAGUCACAAUCUUAGCUAACUUAACUAGCCUGCUCUAGCUACGGAAAAACUUAAGCCCAAGUCAAAACUAUACCUCUUUCUUUCUUUGUAAUUAAGUUAGGUCUGAUUCAAGAAAAUUAAUAUGGCGGCUUAAAAUGAUCUGAAUCCUUUGGAUUAGCAUUAGUGCUAACAAAGGAUUCUAUCAAAAUGUAGCUAUUGCUAUUAGUGCUUUGAAGCCCUGCCGCCCCCAGUUGAUUUAGAAGUUUUCGAUACUUGCUGUGACAACACUGACUAAAACAUCCAAGUAGAAUUCUAAUGUGGUGGCUUUUGCUAAAUUAACAGCUUGUUGAUAUGGUCUAAAUGCUAAGCUAUGACACAAGCCUACAGAGGUUUGCCAGGACAGGGAUUCCCAUUGCAUUUAGCGAAGACUGCUAAAUCUUUGGAAUGUGUUUUACACUAUGCGUUUUUGACUCCUGUCUCUUAUAAUGGAAUCACUCAAGAAAUGUAUAACUUCCAAGCCAGCAUGGAGAGGAGAAGUACUUACCCUGACCAACAGUGUGAGAACACUCUGAAAAUUGUGAGCAUGUGAAUACUGUGUGUUGACGAGAAAAAAAUCCAAACCUGUCCUGUAACCAACAAGGGAACAAAAGUUAAUGAAAUUUCAGUCGAUGAAGGUGGAUGAGGAUGGAAAUUUGGAACUCAAAUAAAAAGUUGACCAAACAGGUCAACCAAGCCUUUUAGGAUAUAUUAUAAGGAACUUGAAACCCUCCCUUUGUUCCUUCUUGUUUUAAAAAAGAUGCCGAAGGAUGAAGGGUGAGGCUGAUUCCCCAUAAGCCUGCACUCUUUCUGGCUCUGAAAGGAGAGAUGGAGGGAGGAAAGAGAGAGGCGGGUGGAGAUGAACAAAUAAUGUACUUUUCAUAUAAGAAGAAAAAAGACAGCAAGAGAGAAAUGACUGACAUCUGACAUCUGUUGUCAUAAAGACCCUACGCACAUACUGCCCAGAGGAGGAAGAGGAAAAAUAAGCCACACGGAAAGAAUGAUUUUAAAUUAUUUAUUUUUGCGUGUUUUACUUUCACCCUCCAUUCUUUUUUUUUUUACUUUCCUCCGGUCUGAGUUUUAAAGAAAUGUUCUGUUUGCCACCGGCAUAGUGGAGGGUGCACUAACCCUGUGAAUGUCAAAAACUUAUUGUUGCAAGUUGUAAGCACAUUUUGGUUCCACACAUUUAAUGAAAAUGUAUUUAUGUAUGUAUGUAUUUAUGUAUUUAUUUAUUAUUUCUUUAUUUGUCAUAUAUUUAUUUGUCAAGUAUUCGUUAAAGUUGUUUUUUUUUUUGUUUUGUUUUUUCACAACAAGUAGAAGACGGAUGGGAAAAAAUGGAAUUGCCACUUUCAAGAUAUCUGACGCUGCAGUGCAAACCAGCUUUCCUGAAAAAAACUGACAAUAACUUUGACUACUUUGUCUUUUACAGUCUAAAAACAUAUGCUGCAGAAAUUCCUUUCAUCAUUAUCUUGUGUUUUUACCCAUUUUGUUCUUUUUGUUCACUCAUUACUGUUUGCUCCAUAGAUGUUCAUAUACUACACCACUUUAAAAAUAUUCCAUGUGCACACACACAGUGAGUGAUAAGACCCCGCAUAGAUACAGUUUGAGUUUGAACAAAAGUCUUGCCAUAUUUAUUUGUGCUGAGUCACUCAGUCUUUUUUUGUUCUGUCUUUUGGGUGUUUCUGACUGACAUCUAAGGCAAAAUAUAGCAGGAUGACAAGCUGCUGGAAUGUUACACCAUUAGUUUGAAAUAUUUGUGGGUGAAUCAGAUAAACUGAAGACAGACACAUCCCCUGCCUUUCAAAAUAUGAGUCUGUUUUGAGCUAGGCUAGUCUUAGGUUGGCUAUGCCUCUUUCUCUGUCGGUCAGUAACUUUAGAGCAGACUAAAAUGACUUAACCACCCCUGAAACCAUUGCCACUAUAUUUUGAAACUUUAAAUUACUGUCAAACACCUGCAAAAUUGGCAUUUGUGCUUGGAGCUAACUAGUAAAUGUUAGCAUGCUAACAAGUAAAGCUAACGGGUUUCACAUGCGAGUCAUUGUACCUUUUAAACCAGAGAUAGAUUGCAUAAAACAUGGGCGCCUUCUCAGUAACAUUAUCAGUUGAUUUCUGUGAAGCAGAGUGAUUCAAUGAUGAGGUCGCUGUAUUAGAAACAGAGACACCAUCUAAUAUUUGGCUAAUCUAGAGACUGGCAAGGAGGUCGAGCUCAGGCAGGUGUAGCCAGCAGACAAACAUCUACAUCACCCCCACCUGUCAGUCAAAUCACUCACUCACCUAUUUAUGAAAAAAUAAGCCUUGACAUAAAUCCUUGAAUUCUAGAGGAAUUAUAAAAAAUCAUCACCAUACUCUUUUAAUAAGUAGAAAUAUAUGGGCUCCACUGGGGUUAACCUCACCUUUGGAGCCAGCUCUAGGUAGACACAUUAAUGACUGCAUUUUUUUAUUUUACCACCCCAAAGGUUGCUGCUUCUUCCAGACAGUAGCAAUUAAGCAUUAUUUCUGUAAGUAUGUUAGCAUGCUAAUGUUAGCAUUUAGCUCAAGCAGUGCUCUAGCAAGUACAGCCUCUCAAAGAAGCUAGCAUGGCUGUUUACUUUUAGCCUGAAUUACAAGCUAAACCAUGAAUGCAUGUGUAUGUCUCUGAAUCAGUCCCAGGGAACUCUAGGUGUUUAGCUCAUGCAAACUCCACUGGUAUCAUUCUACAUCUUUAGCUGACUUUACUAUAGUCUUCACACACUCAGCACAUUAAGCUGAAAGAGCUUAACUAGAAUGGAAGAAACACUAUCAAGUGGCAGUUUCUUUGACAUACUCUGGUCUCUUUAAGGCAUCCUGAAAUUCCUGAAAAGCAGGAAAAUGUUAUCCAUGUAGUUUAGUUCCGGGGACUCUGUUUCAUCCACAAGAACAGACUGAUUGAUCAAGAAAGGUUUCUUCCAUUUUAUUUUCUUAUUGGACAAUAAUGGCUUGACCUCUAUUUGUAACCAGCGGCUUUCUUUUUCUCAUCCUGGUGCUCAAGUGGGCCUCCCUGGAAAAUCCAGACACUGAGGUGCUCACUUUUGAAAAGGCAGAGGUCAAGGGGGUUUCAAGUUACAGUCACAUUACCAAAGGAAGCAGGAGGUCAGGGUUCAAGUCAGUCUAAGUCAAGUUUACCCUCUUAAAUCCCUUUUAGAUAAAAGAUACAAGUUAACAAGAAGAGCAAACAAAGACAGGAGAAAAAGUGGCUGCUUCCACUUUUGUAGUAAACUUUCAUUCAAACACAGCGGGACUCUCGGCACGUUUGUGGCUGAGACUUCCUGUUGAGAGAAAUCUCACCCCUCCCUUCCUCCCUUUCUCAUUCCUACUUUACCCCACCAGCCAUCCAUGGACUUAACAUUUUCUACAACCCCCAUCCCUCCUAUUUGUAUCUCCAAAACCCCAACUGCACAUAUCUCAGCCCUUAUAUAAUCAUCCCCUCCCCUUAUAUACAUUUUAUACACUGUAUACUCAACGCAGAUGCUGUAUACAUUUGUAUAUGCUGUAUCUCUGUCUGUCUCCAUUGUAUGCCAUCCAUAUCUAUGUAGCCUUCACUAUCUUUUAUCGACACUGUAGUCACAACUUUCUCUCAUCAUUAUUGCUCAUUCUUCUUCUGCAGUUACGACUGUAUGACUAUAAUCUCUUGUCUCCAGCCCAUAUUAUCCUCCACCCCUGCCACACCUCACCACGCCCUACCCAUGACCACUCCCCCCAUAUUAUCAGCUUCCACUCUACACUGAAAUGAUUUUUUUUUUUUCACUCUGGAGGUGAAGUUAGAAAUAAUCUAGAGGGAGGAGGUGUGUGGAGGAGGGUGAGUCAAGAAAACUGCUUACAUGAUUGAUAAUGACAACGACAAAGAGAAAUGUCUGUAGUAUAAUUACAAAAAAGGAAAAGUGCACUAUUAUGACAAUGAUUAUUAUUGCCUGUGAGAAUACUGACCAAUAAAUAAUGGAAAAUA